UUUGAAAUUUUUUCACUCUCCUCUCGCAAGGGACCGGCUUCGUUUGACCAGAAAACCAACCCAGCUGUGCGCUCAGCUGACUGUACAGCUGGUUACUCGAGAAAAAUAUGCGGCUGAGAGUUGGUAGUGGGGAGGAGGAGAGAGGGAGAGAAAAGAGAGCGAGCAAGUGACGAGAAGAGAAGGAAGGGAGGGCUGAACUCGAUUGACCAAGGCCGUUAUAGCUUCGUGGACGAGAGUGGGAGACAACGACGCUAUUUCACAUUUCCUACUGCUGGGGUAACUUUCGUGCAACUCUAGUGAACACUAACUUUACGAAGAACAUUCUAUUUCAUAGUAUCAAACGUUGUUCAGUGCAAAUCAUCGGUGACAAUGAUCCGCGCCAAACUGUUCAAAGGACUUUUCCUACUUUUCUUGAUUUUCGUCGUCGUCGCCGAUGGACGAAGAGGAAAUCGUCGCAGAAAAUAUAAAAAAGCUUUUAAAUCAACGGAAUUCGAUGUUCUCAUAUUUACCCAACAUUGGCCACAGACAGUAUGCUACACAUGGAAAGAAGAAUCGCCAAAGAACGAGUGCGCGAUGCCCGGCGACGAGGAAUGGUCUAUUCACGGCAUAUGGCCAACCAAGUACCAUGUAAUUGGUCCACUUUACUGCAACAAGAGCAUGCCGUUCAACUUCGCAGCACUCCAGCCAAUUGAACUCGAAUUGGAGAAAAAAUGGAUCGAUGUUGAAAAGGGCAGAAAAGCUCACUCAUUUUGGACUCACGAAUGGGAAAAACAUGGCACUUGCGCUGCUGUUUUAGAACCUUUAAACUCAGAGCUCAAAUAUUUUAAGGAAGGACUUGCGCUUCUCGACCAAUACGACAUGAAACAUGUGCUUGCCAAGGCCAUGAUUAUGCCUGGUCAAGCAUACAAUGUUCAAAAGAUUCUUGACGGUGUCAAAAAAGUUUUGGGAAAAACCGCUCAAGUACAGUGCGUCAACAAUCCGAAAACUCAUGAAAUAUACUUGUUCGAAAUAAGAAUAUGUUUCGACAAGAAAUUGAAUCUCGUUGAUUGUGAUGGAAUUCCCGGAUAUCCGACAAAUUGUUCCCACAAAAAGGACGUUAUUUAUCCUGGCCAAGUGCCAACAGAUUACAACGUCGUCAUGGUUCAUGGAUAAAGUUUCGACGAUAAAUCAUUCGUCGACAAACGAAGCAUAAUACUUUGACAUAUCAAUUUUCACACUUCCCCUAAAUUUGCAAUGACAAAGGAACGUGAAUGAUCAACACUUUUUCAUUUUCAUCGCAUUGAUAACGAAUUUUGAGACUGUAACGAGAGACAAUUAUUAUCGGUCUGUUGCUAUUUAUAAUGGAAUUCAAUACUUGGCUGUACAAAGUAUAAAGAAUAAUCGAAGAUCGAUUAGAUUGUACCAAGCCACAUUGUAAGUUUACAUUACGAUUGUUCGUGUCACGAAUUUGCCGUAGUGACCUGAAACAUUUUUGUUCUCUUUCGUAUUUUGCAAACGAAAUGUACAAAAGUACGAAAUCUGUCAACGGAA